AUGAAUGGGGGCCACCCCGGAGUGCCUGGUGCUGGGAGCCCCACACUCGCAGUCUGCUCCCUACAGAAGAUGUGCUCCUGGAUGCUGAGCUGUUGCUUAGCCCUUCAGCACCUGGCCGUGCAGACCUCCUUGCUCUGCAUCUUCCACCUCCUCCUCCUGCCCACCCUGCCUGAGGAGUCGCCCCAUGCCGAGGCCACCAGCGAGCUGCUGGCACGCAGCCUCUUUGCCUGUGGCAUCUCCACAGUGCUGCAGACCACCUUGGGGAGCCGGCUGCCGCUGGUUCAAAUCCCAUCCUUCGAGUACCUGCUCCCUGCCAUGGUGCUGAGCUCCCACCUGUCUCUCGGUGCCAGCAUGGACAGGAACGGCACGGCUGUGGCCAGCACGUGCCCCGCACCACGCUGCACCGUUGUGGGGAGCUGGGCUGCCUCGCUACGAGAGGUCUCUGGAGCUGUGGUGGUCUCUGGGAUGCUUCAGCUGGCACUAGGAGUGUCUGGCAUGUGUGGGUGGGCAGCCCAACACUGCGGGCCCAUGGUCCUGGCCCCUAGCCUCUCCAUCAUCGGGCUGUCUGCAUACAAGGAGGCUGCUUUCUUCUGCUCCACUAACUGGGGGGUAGCAUUGCUGCUCAUGCUCCUUGCUGUCACCUUCUCCCAGCACCUGGGGUCCUGCCGCCUGCCCUUCUGCACCUGGCCCCAGGCUUGGGGGGUGUCUACGGAGCCAUCCAUCCCCACUCUGCGCACGUUCUCGGUACUGUUCCCGUUUGCCGGUGUCUGCGUUGUUUGUGCCGUCCUCAGCCAUCUCCGUGUCCCUUGGGAAUCACUGGACCUGGCCACAUCACAGCUGUCCUGGGCCAACAGCACCUUCCAUGCCCCUUGGCUCCGCAUCCCCUAUGCAGGCGAGUGGGGGUGGCCGCUGCUCACCCCCCGGGCCCUGGCAGUGGGCAUCGCCAUGGCCGUCGGUUGCAGCAUGAACUCGGUGGGCUGCUACGUGCUGUGCGGGAGGCUGCUGCGCGCCCCCCGCCUGCCCCCCCCCGCCCGCAUCUGCACCGAAGGGCUGGGCAGCCUCCUGGCAGGGCUGCUGGGCACCCCAGGGGGCACGGCCGCCAGCAUUGCCAACGCCUGCGCCACUGGCCUCACGCAGGCUGACUCUCGCCACUCAGUGCAAGUAAGCGCGCUGGCGUGCAUGGUGCUGGGCAUGUCCCCAAGGCUGGCAGGGCUCCUCACCCGCAUCCCGCUGGCGGUCCAUGGAGGGGUGCUGUGUGUCACCUAUGCUGUGGCUGUGGGCGCGGGGAUCUCCUACUUCCAGUACACGGACAUCGACUCGGGGAGGAACAUCUUCAGCUGGGUGCCCCUGGACCUCCUUUUCCUCUCCCUGCUCAUGGUGCCUGUCAUCUUAACUGGCUUCUUGUCAUUUCUCCUGGAGAACACUGUCUCAGGAACGCUGGAGGAGCGAGGGCUGCUCUCCGACCUGGUGCUGCGGAAAGCCAGGGCGGGUGAUGGCCACCCCUGUGGAGAGAGGGGUGAAGCCAGCCAGGUGUAUGGGCUCCCCACUGCGCUGAGGAGGCUGCUGCCAUCCUCCUGCAAAGCCUUCCCCUGCUGCUUCCUCUGCCCGGGCAGUGAGGAAGAGGAGGAGAAGGAAGAGGAGGAGGGCAGCCAUGCCCCGGAGGAGGGGACCACUGCCCCAGGGGAAGGGACGCACCUGCUCCCCAAACCCAGCUCGCGGGAGCUGCAGCCAGCCAGGAGGCUGAGUGAGGUGGAGAUGCCCACAUGGCACACUGUGGCCUGA